GAAAAAGAAAUUUUGAAUGUCAAUUUCUUCAUAUUUGAUAUUUCGUGCGUGAUCAUUGUGGAUUGUUCGCAGUGUAGUGAAUAAAAUUAUAAUUUAUAAAAAAUUUGUUUAAUUUUUUAAUAAAUUUAGUAUAUAAGUAAAUAAUCAAAAAUGGGAAUUAAAUUCCUUGAAGUAAUAAAACCAUUUUGCAGCAUAUUACCUGAAAUUGCUAAACCUGAAAGAAAGAUUCAAUUUCGGGAAAAAGUGCUAUGGACUGCAAUAACACUUUUCAUUUUCCUUGUAUGUUGCCAAAUUCCACUUUUUGGUAUUAUGAGCUCAGACUCAGCUGAUCCAUUCUAUUGGAUUCGUGUUAUUUUAGCGUCUAAUCGUGGUACACUUAUGGAAUUAGGUAUUUCUCCAAUAGUAACUUCAGGUUUAAUAAUGCAACUGUUGGCUGGUGCAAAAAUUAUUGAAGUUGGUGAUACACCGAAAGAUCGCGCAUUAUUUAAUGGUGCACAAAAACUUUUCGGUAUGGUAAUCACAAUUGGACAAGCAAUCGUAUAUGUUAUGACUGGAAUGUAUGGUGAUCCAGCAGAAAUUGGAGCUGGUGUUUGCUUAUUGAUCAUUAUUCAAUUAUUUGCUGCCGGUUUAAUUGUUUUACUUUUGGAUGAAUUAUUACAGAAAGGUUAUGGUUUAGGAUCUGGAAUUUCAUUAUUCAUUGCUACAAAUAUUUGCGAAACAAUCGUAUGGAAAGCAUUUUCACCAGCUACAGUAAAUACAGGUCGUGGUACAGAAUUUGAAGGCGCUGUAAUUGCAUUAUUCCAUUUAAUGGCAACACGUAAUGAUAAAGUUCGUGCAUUAAGAGAGGCUUUUUAUAGACAAAAUUUGCCAAAUUUGAUGAAUUUAUUGGCUACAGUUUUAGUUUUUGCUGUUGUUAUAUACUUCCAAGGUUUCCGUGUUGAUUUGCCAAUUAAAUCAGCUCGUUACCGUGGGCAAUACAGCAGCUACCCAAUUAAAUUAUUCUAUACAUCAAAUAUUCCAAUUAUUUUACAAUCAGCUUUAGUAUCAAAUUUAUAUGUUAUAUCACAAAUGUUAGCUGUUAAAUUUCACGGAAAUGUUUUAAUCAAUUUAUUGGGUGUAUGGGCUGAUGUUGGAGGAGGUGGUCCGGCCCGUUCAUAUCCUAUUGGUGGCUUAUGUUAUUACCUAUCUCCACCUGAGAGUGUUGGGCAUAUAUUACAAGAUCCAAUUCAUGCUCUUUUGUAUAUUGUCUUUAUGUUAGGUUCAUGUGCAUUCUUCUCGAAAACAUGGAUUGAUGUAUCUGGAAGCUCAGCUAAAGAUGUUGCUAAACAAUUAAAAGAACAACAUAUGGUUAUGAGAGGACAUCGUGAAAAUUCAAUGAUUCAUGAACUUAACAGAUAUAUUCCGACAGCAGCUGCAUUUGGUGGUCUUUGUAUCGGUGCAUUAUCAGUUUUAGCUGAUUUUAUGGGUGCAAUUGGCUCUGGUACUGGUAUUUUAUUAGCUGUUACAAUUAUUUAUCAAUACUUUGAGAUUUUUGUUAAAGAGCAAUCUGAAUUGGGUGGUAUGAGUACGUUAUUGUUUUAAGUUAGAUUGAAGAAGAUUAAAUAAAAACAAUUUAGACGUAAUAGUAUAUGUAAUUUACAUGAUAAGAUCGUUUUCUUUGUUUAGUUCUAUUAUAAAUUUUGAUGUCGAAAAUGAAAACUCUAAAAAUUUACUGGAAAAAAAAACAUGAGGUUUGUUUUUAAUUUUAAAUUGAAUUUGUUUUAGAUACAAAAAAUAAAAACGACUUCCACCCACUAACAUUGUUUUAUAAAAACUUUUUUAUAUAUAAAAUAGUAAAAACAAUAUUUAAGAAAAUUUCCUAUCGAGAACUUCACUGUAAAUUUAUGCAUUUGAAAACGAAUUAGUUUUUUUUGUAAUUUAUUUUUUCAUGUAAUGAAAAAUCAUCAAAAUAUUGAUUUAAAAACAAUCUUAAAAAAAACUAAAAUUUUGCUUUUGGAAAGAAAUAUCAAUUAAAAAAAAUAAUUACAUAUGUCUUUUUUAAAUCAUUAAGACCUCAAAUUGCGGGUUUUUUUUAAUACUAAUUAAAAAUAGGAAGAACAAAAAUAAAAAGAAAAAAAAAACAAAAAAAAAUUAAUAAAUGUUAACAUUUAAGUAAAAAAAAACAAAAAAUUAAAAAAAUCCUUUAAAAACAUUUUUAUUUAAAAUCUUUGUAUUUUACAAAGACACGAGAGACUUUAAUUUAAUUUAAAAAAAAUGAAAUAUAUUUUUUUUUUAUUUACUUAUAUUUCAAAUAUAUUGUGAAAAAAUGAGAUAUUUGUGCAAAAAAAUAAAUGAUUGAUUACUUUAAUAGUUAAUUUAUACAUAAAA